GCGGCGUCCUCUCGCGAUACGUCGCUCAUGCCCUUGCCGCCAUGGCGGGCUAUUGGGACGGGCCCGAGGGCGAGCAGUGCCCGCAGCGCACCUGGCUCGCUACGCGCGUGGGCGCGGCCGCGGGCUUGGUCGGGGCGGCGUAUCGCAUCAUCCUGCUGCGGCCCGGCUCGGCUCUGGCCGCGUUGCAGACGGCGGCGGCAGACAGUGUCACUAUGGCUACACUGGGAGCUGUGUUUGGCUUAAGUACCUGUCUCAGUGCCCAAGUCCGGGAAGAACCAGAGGAUCCUUUGAACUAUUUCAUAGGUGGCUGUGCAGCAGGAGCUGUCUUGGGAGUGAGAGCUCACAGUUACCUCACUGGCACCACAGCAUGUCUGGGGUUCGGAAUCACUGCAGCUCUCAUGAAGAUUGGUAACAAGGAGGGCUGGAGGCUGACGGGACCUCCCAAGCUGUAAAUGUCACCUUUCCCCCCUCCGUAAACUGGCAUCCAAAUGCUGUAUGUACUUAGGAUGUAUUGUAAUAAAAAUUUGGUCCAUUUCAGCAGUCACAA